GUCUCGCCUCGGGAAGCAGCUUCCUGUCCCAUCGGAAGUGACGUAAGAGGUAGUGGCGCGGUAUCGGUGGAGGGCGAGGUGACCUCGGGCCGCCGUGACCAUGGGCCGCGAGUUUGGGAAUCUGUCGCGGAUGCGGCAUGUGAUCACCUACAGCUUGUCGCCCUUUGAGCAGCGCGCCUUCCCGAACUACUUCAGCAAGGGCAUCCCCAACGUGCUGCGCCGCACUCAGGGGUGCAUUCUGCGCGUGGUGCCGCCAUUUGUAGUGGCUUACCUUAUCUACACAUGGGGGACUCAAGAGUUUGAGAAAUCCAAGAGGAAGAACCCAGCUACCUAUGAGAAUGACAAAUGAGCAUCCCCUCUGUGACAGUUCCUGCUUCUGAAAGACGCUUCUGUGGGAAAGGAGGAUGUAU